CACUAAAAACACUUCGAAGGGCUCCCCGUAAUGUAUAAUGAAAGCACUGUCUCUUUAAAUCCCAGCAAAAACAAUCCCAUGUCCGCACCACACCUCUCACUCAGAUGCUGCGACUACACGUGACAGAACCACAUGCGACCUGUCAUUUUGGACCGCCUUCCUACGCCCAUUGGUUAAUGCAAAACCAACGAGCGUUUUCAUAGGUCGAGAAACACGUCUGUCCGAUAGAGCCAACCCUACUGUUUCUGUCAUUUCAUGGAAUGACGUCAAUGGUUUCUAAGGGAGUAGCGUGUACAAAAAAGGUGAAUUUGAAAUUGACGUUACUUAGAAGGGUUUGAACUGUAGAAAGUAAUGUUUUCCCCCGUACGCCCGUUUGAAAAAAAUGUAUUAUACUGACCUGACCCAAGUAAUGUGGCAGAAUGGUGACGUACUGCGACUGUUAUACUAUGGGUGGAGUGAGGUACACAUAUUUAAUCGCUUAUCGGUGCGCACACACUCACACACACCUUCCCCAGCGUGUGACUGACCUCAUAUGACUGCGUCGAGCGCUCUUUGCUACAGUAUUCAUAGUUUGGGAUGGAAUUAUUGGCUUAACUCAGGAAGUGAAUGAAAGUCAGAGUUGUGAAGUUGAAGUCUGUGGUCACACCGCGCGAGAGUGGGAGUUUCCGCAGGAGCUCAAGCGGAAGGACGUUUCAAAGUUCCAGCUAAAGUUCGUGCUUGCGCUAGGUUUGUUUUUGCCGCUGCGUGGACGCGGGGUGGGAGGCCCGCUCGAACCCGGCUGCAGUCCGUGUGACGAGAGGGCGGAGCCGGCCGGUGACUAGAGGACGGAUCUCAGCGUGUCCCUUCUCUAAAAAUAGAAGUAGCGCGCGCAUCACACGUUGUCCACAGGAGUCAACGAUACACAGCUACAGCGAGGGACGGGGGGACAGGAAGGUGCAGCGACGACGUGUAGCGGAUCGCUGGUUGUCCUGUGUUCCCGGUGACAAGAGCAGCGAAGCGGUUCCCCUCUGAGCUCACAGCGAUGCGACCAAGCGCCUCCUCUUCUUUACCAUCCUUCGCUCUGACCGAUAAUCAUUAAGCGCCGCGAUCCUCGCGAAGCUGACGGCGCGCGCACGCACGCACGCACGCACGCGUCGUCGUCGUCGUCGUCUGCCGUCCGAAGUGUCACAAGGGGGAGACAAGGGCGCGAGGACGCCUCGCCACCUCACAGCCCAGAAUUAGCAAGAAGGAGGAAGUCCAGCACAAGUUGGAGCCUUUGAAGACCAAGGAACCGUGAGAAGUGCCGGACGGUGUUUUUACAGAAAAAAAAGGACAGUUCUACUCUGACCGCUGGAUCUGGAGAAGUGCGGAGUGUGAACAAUGUGCUAGAGGAAGUAACACAAGGCAAGCUUCGGUGUUUUUCUGAUUCUUCUGGGAGGUCUGAGAGACCGCAGGACCGCAAAGAUGGGACGCAAGAAGAUCCAGAUCACCAGGAUUAUGGAUGAGCGGAACAGGCAGGUGACAUUUACGAAGAGGAAGUUUGGCUUAAUGAAGAAGGCCUACGAGUUGAGUGUGCUGUGUGACUGUGAGAUAGCGCUCAUCAUUUUCAACAGCUCCAACAAACUCUUUCAGUAUGCAAGCACUGAUAUGGACAAAGUCCUGCUGAAAUACACAGAGUACAACGAGCCCCACGAGAGCAGAACCAAUUCGGACAUUGUGGAGAAAUUAAGAAACAAGGGCCACAGUGACUGUGCCAGCCCAGAUCCCGACGACUAUUUUGGGCACAGCCCCAUCGUGGACGAUCGUUUCGGCAAACUAGGCGACGAGAGUGAUGCGCUAAACAAGAAGGAACACAGAGGCUGUGAUAGCCCGGACCCCGAUGCCUCGUAUGUCCUCACCCCUCACACAGAAGAAAAGUAUAAAAAAAUUAAUGAGGAGUUUGAUAAUAUGAUGCGAAAUCAUAAAAUCCCCGCCGCUCUGCCCCAGCAGAACUUCUCUAUGCACGUGGCAGUGCCCGUCACCAACCCUGGGGGGCUCCCCUACAGCCCUGCGUCAGCCCCGCUCACCGAUGGUGGGAUGCUGUCUCCUCCCCCAGGAUCCAUGCACCGCAGCGUGGGGUCCCCCGGAGCCCCUCAGCGGCCCCCGAGCACGGACGGCGCAGACCCUGACAGUGUGAUAUGUAGCAGAACAGUUUCAGCAGACCUGCUGGACCUUGUGGGGUGUUCCCUCACAGACAUCCCUGGAGCAAGGCCAGGGAAUGGCUUUGUCAACCCGCGAGGCUCCCCUGGAAUCCUGGGUAACCCCAGCGGCAACGGCUUGGGGAAGAACAUGGCGGCCAAAUCUCCACCACCUCCCGGGGGGAACCAGGGAAUGGGCGGCCGCAAGCCGGACCUGCGGGUGGUCAUCCCGCCAUCCAGCAAGGGCAUGAUGCCCCCACUGUCAGAGGAGGAAGAAAUGGAUCUGGUGCUUCCACCACUUCGGCGUACUACUCUGUGCUCCUGUUUACAGAACACCCAGAGGAUCAGCAGCUCCCAGUCGAACCAGCCCCUCGCUACUCCUGUGGUUUCAGUGACCACCCCCAGCCUAGCGCCCCAGGGCCUGGUCUACUCUGCAAUGCCCACAGCCUACAACACCGAGUACUCUCUGAGUGGCGCCGAGCUCUCCUCCAUGCAGGGCUUUAGCUCACCCGGGGGCCUCUCUCUGGGCUCUGUGUCCACGUGGCAGCAGCACCAGUUGGGCCAGGCUGCGCUCAGCUCGUUGGUGGGUGGCACUCACCUGACUCAGGCUUCCGGCCUCUCGGUCAACACCAACCAGAGCAUCAGCAUCAAGUCGGAACCCAUCUCGCCUCCGCGAGACCGCGUGGCGCCAGGGGGCUUCUCGCAGCAGGCCCCCGCCCCCUCCCGCCAAGACAUGGGCCGCUCGCCCGUCGACAGCCUGAGCUCGUCCUGCAGCUCUUACGACGGCAGCGACCGCGAGGACCCUCGCGCCGAGUUCCACUCCCCACUGGGGCUGGGCAGACCUCCAGCUGGGGGCGAGGGACGGGAGAGCCCCUCUGUUAAGCGCAUGCGCAUGGACACCUGGGUGACAUAGAGCGGAACGCGGCACACCCCGGUCCCAAGGCUGACCUGUUUCUGAAGGGGUCAGGGUGGAGCUGGGCCAAAGGGCCAGCUCUACUUUUUAUCAUACAGUUGUUUUAUUAUUAUUAUGAUUAUGAUUAUUAUUAUUAUUAUUAUUUAACUUUAUUUCAUUUCAUAGAACAAUGUAGAACAAUGGCAGAGGAAAUGAAAUAUUUCAGGACAUAUCAAAAUGUCAGGUUUCAGAAGAAAGACGGAAAUGUUAUACUGAAUAAUUAAAAUAAGGUAGUCAAUCAAAAUGUAUCAGGUACUUGAUGCAAAUUUGUUUCCGCAGCGUGACGAUUCACGACAGAUGGAUAGAAGCAGGUCAGACAGCUGUACUCACUCGUUCAGUCUGGCACUCGAACUCUGUUUUCUGUUGCGUCUCUGAGUUUGGAACAGUUAGAGAAAGCGAACGCUGACUCCGCGGUGCACACCCCCCCCCCCCCGCUGGCCAUUUCUACUAUGGAGCACAUGUUCAGAGUCUAGUGACCUCACAUGUUGUACCGUUUUUUAACGUAUUGUUUUUACUUAUUACGUGUUGAAAAUCAGCCAUUUUAGAACAUGUGUUUCAUAGAUGUACUGGAAGACAGAAGCCAUCGCUCAGGUCAGCGUGAAAGUGCAGGUGGAACUGACCACUUUGGGGACAGGCCUGAAGGUACACUUUUACUGACCCUGAAAGAGCAGAGCAAAAAUUGAAGGUUGUGCCCGGUGUCGUCAGCAGAAUAAAUUCAACUCAUGGAAUCUACACAAAAAUAAAGCAUUACAAAAAAUAAAAAUAAAAAAAAAUAAUAAUAUAUUAACUUAUAUUUGAAAAUAUGACUGAAAGUGAAUUAUUUGUACUAAAGCACCCUUGGUAAAAAGUGGAGGCAUUUUAUAAACUUGUAGAUUUUACCCCAUGUGUUUUAUUAAAUAAAAUCAUAUGUGGUCGUAACAUUAAAUAUGCAGAAGCAGAACAAUGAUGACCAGUAGGAUUAUUUAUGUAAGCCAAAGUUGAAUGUUAAUUAUUUUUGACUUGGGAUUUAAGUUUUUAACGAAGUUCUGCCUAAAAUGAGUUUUAUUUGAGGUUGUUUAUCAUCAAUUUGUUUUAUUACACACAACAAAACGACAUGUACGAAAGACCUCGAAAAAAGCCAUGAAUAGUUGCUGUUCUGUUUAUAAAUUCAAAUUUGAGCCAAACUUUUUGUUUUGUAUAUAGCAACUUUUAAUAUAUAUAUAUAUAUAUAUAUAUAUCUCAAUCACCUUUGGUGUAAGUACUUCUGUAUUGUACCUUCACCAGAUUUAAGAAAAGAAAGUAUAUUUUUGUGGGUUACCGCCAAGUUUACAUGGCGAAGUCCUUCAGUAGAACAUUCACUGGUUAAUAGUUACUAUUUUGUUUAAAUGCUGUACUUUCUUCAAAGCCGAAUUAAUAUCGUAAAUAACCCUUUCGAGGGUAGUUUAAAAGUCGUGCCCCCUUUAAUGGUAGUGAAUUGAAUAUUUGUCAGUAAGCAGUUGAAAAAAGCGCGCUGUACGAGGUCGAGGAAGCUCCGCUGUGUCGCUGUGGACAAGGAGGACAAAUGUAGUCGUUCGAGGACGCCGUUGACGCCGUUGACGUUGUCGUUGACGCCGGCGUCCUGCGGUUUAAAAACUGGCCCGGAGAUGCCCCAUUGGAAGAAUUUACAUCGGCGGUUGAGCCGUUGCCACCCCUGCGCUUGAACGAGAAACGUCCGAAACGUCCGUCAUUGCAGAAGGUUCGGUGCCGCACGCGACGCAAAAGGCCGACCGUUCCCGUUAAUACGCCGUUACUUGUGCAGUAAUGCUGUUGGACGAGAUGGUCGAAACCGAGCAUGGCGCGAAAGCUGCUUCGUCGUAGCGCCACGCAGUGCGGGAGCACCCUCGCGAAGUCCGAGGGGUAUCGCGCCCCGUCACCCGUCGGAAACAUUUGAGCCGGGGGCGCUCCGCGGUCUAACUGCUGCGGCGUCCGCCUCUCCGACUCUCGAGCGGGGAAAGGCCGCUCGCUCGGUGUGCUUUCCCCGCCCGCGUGCCGCACUGUCCGCGUGAGGUUUGCGUCAAGGGCGCGCUUCCUUUGCGCUCGCCAUGCGUUUGCUCGCGCGUCCCUCGUGCCGCGGCAAUCUAUGCAGCCUCCGUCCCCAUCCCCCGAGGCUGGAGGACGCUCGGGCCUCUGCUCUCUCUAUCAGACACACACCUUAGCGUUUAAGAGGGCGCGUCCACAUGGCACUCCUUUUCGAACGUGACUGUUAAUGCCUUGCCCUUAACUCGUUUUUCUGGCUGCGACAGCGCAGGGCUGAUCUGGGUAAAACAACAAGUAAAUUGCAUUGCGCACUAAAGUAACACUAAUCCCUGCCUUAGUGUGGCUCGCCUGAUGGCUGCGCUUGAUGCGCCGUCGGUACUUGUGUUGUGCAUGUGUCAAUCGAGCAUAAUUCCCCGUUUUUUGCGGUAAACAUUUUCCGGCAGCUCAGUUCACAGUUACACUCUCGGCCCUACAGAAGUGUAUCAGGAGCCGCAUCUUUAUUAACCGGAGCCGGAAACUUCUGCGUCACUUGGAUUCCAUCUGUGCAUAGUAAUAAAUGAUUUUUUUUUUUUUAAUUUUUUUUUUUUUGCACUUAAUCCCCAUUUAAUUAUACAAGGAAUCGCCCGGAUAAUUGUUUUAAAUAUACACAAUAUUUAGAAUGAACACCAGUCUUUAUGCAGUUAGAAUCCAGCAAUAACAGAUUUUACGGCUGUCGGAAAUUCAUUGAUGCAACAGCGGCAAAGCAGGUAAAUAAGAGCCUUUUUUUAAGCCGCGUUUUUUGAGGACGACCCUCUGCCAAAGGAUUUUUGGUGUUUUCAUCUGAAACAUUGAGCACACAGUGAUCUACAGACAUUUGGGAUUACCCUCUGAUCCACUCGUAUUUUUGGCAAUUUCUCAAAUCUGUGAAGACUCCAAAUCUCCUCUGCCAGUCCCUUACAUUUCCUUACAAUGUUGUAUGCACACGAGAAAUAUGUAGUAAAUAUAAGGAGAUAUAUAUAUGCUAUUUAAACACUCCUUGGGUCUCUUUGCUAUUUUUGAAAAUCAGAGAUGCACUAACUGUGGAAUGUGAAUGAAAGGGACAUGAGAGAACAAAAAACAAAACAAAAAAAAAAACUUUGUAGAAACCUUCACUUUGCUGUGCAACAAUACACUGCUUUGCGUUUUGGCUUUUCUAAACAAAACUAUGUAUUGGUAAUUGUUUGUAGGUAAUAGUUCACUUAAGAAGCUGUUUGCGGUUUGGGAGCUCAGACCGUUUGGCGGCACAAGCUGGACUUUGUUGCCAUGAAUGAAACAAAAUGUUUCGAGAUUGAGGAAAAAAAAAAAAAAAUUAAGUUAAUCUGCAUUUUAUUUCCUUGAAUGUGUUGUUUAACCUUCAUUAUACAAUAAAUAUUCUAGUGAACUUUUUAUCGAAUGACUAAAAUAUUAUGAUAGAGAUUGUUGUACAAAUUUGUAUUCUGCAUUCACUAAAGUAAAGUUCUUGGCUUUUACUGUGUA